GAUGUCGUCUCUCUUUUAUAUCCGUCGGUGAGCUCUGCCGACAAUCGUCAAUUUGUAGUCCAUGCCAACAGGAUGCAAACAGUCUCUUCACUUCCGCUAUGAAGAGGAUUUCAAGGGUUCCACCACACCCCAUGCACUCCAUCCAAAUCGAGAUUUCAACAGCUUAAACCGUUACUGGGGCAUUAGAAGAUGGACGAAUGGUAUGUCAAUAAUGCUUCAUCAUGAUGAGAGUAAACCCUAAUGAAUGAAACCAUUAUUACUCACAAGAAUGCGAAGUUAUUAUAUAAUAACCGCACGUGAUUUAUUCGCUUCGGUACUGCAACCUUGGGUCAAGCGAUGGGUGGGGAUCAUGUAAAUGCGAUACAAAUACUAAGAAUCCUCUUGGAAUCAAGGCAAAUCUCAAGUGCUCUCGUCUCAACGAUAAUCAACGGCUUUUCGGCCUGUCGAAUCGAGUAAAAGUGGAGUUAAGGCUAGUGUUUGUGAAGGAUAACAUACCAAUUGCCAUUCCAGCACGCCAUGGCCCUAGACAAUCUCAGCCCCAAUGACAUCUUCUUCCAAAAUAUUCUACAUAAGGGAAUGCGCGAUAAAACCAUUCAGGAUGUUGUUCUACUCGAGAAAAAAGCAGCCUUGAAUAAAGGGGAGAAUUAUCUGAGUUAUCUGACAAGAUUCACCCUCAAAUAUGUCUGCAAUGUGCCCAAAGGACUUGCCUUCGAAAGGGUCGAUAGAAAAGCACAUCUCAUUAUGAAGGAGGCGCCAGGUGCCAAUGACCUUGCUGGAGAAUACAUCCGUCGAAAUAAGGUAUUUGACAAUGAGCGACACAUGUUGGAAGAUGUUUUGCCACAGAUCGAGGAGCUUGUUGGAAAGAAAUUGGGCCCCAAGGUAUAUUACUCCUUGAAUAAGCCCAAUGUUAUUAUUAUGGAGGACCUGAUGCCUCUUGGAUUCCGCAAUAGAAAUCGUAAAGUGGGAUUCAAUGAAGCUGAAGUCUUCAUGACAUUGGAAAAUCUCGCAGAUUUUCAUGCAGGGUCGAUUUUAUUGGAGGAACAGAAUCCUGGAUCGCUGUCUCGAAUUUCGAAUGCCUUUGUCAGUCGUAAUCUACCCGAAGGGUUCUUCCGAUUUAUUUCAACAAGUUUGGCGUCCAUUGGAGCCGGAAUUCGUGAUUGGCAGAAUGGAAAAUUCGUUUCGAUAUCUGAUAAGCUUCAGAAAGUGUCGGAGGAAAUAACCCAGAAGCUUUUUGUUGUUUUUGAAUACGAUGAGGAUGAAUUGUUGGUUCUAAAUCACGGCGAUAUGUGGAUGAACAACAUCAUGUUCAAGGAUAAUGAAAAUGGAGGAGUUCAAGAGUGUCGAUUCGUGGAUUAUCAAAUGAGUAUCUGGACUUCGCCUGCCGGUGACCUCGCCUACUUCCUCAGCCUUGUCCCUGAGAUAAGUUUGAAAUUCACCCAUGACGACAUAUUUUUACAAAAGUUCCUGGAUCGGUUGUCAAGCACAAUGAAAAAACUGGGUUGUGUUGCAACUCCUCCUACUUUGGAGCAAUUGAAAAAAUCUAUGCACAAACGUCGCCACUUGGCACUCAUGGCAGCCCUCACCUUCUAUCCGAAAAUGAUAGCAGAGGACGACGAAAUUGAGCCGAUGGAUGAGGUAAUGAAAAAUGGGGUGGCGAAGGUGAAUCUUCUGAAGAAUCCAAAGGUCAGGGAGAUUUUCGUAAAGAUCCUUCCCAUAUUAGAUGAAAGGGGGUAUCUAGACUAAAUUAUUCGAAAGGCAUUGCCCAACUUAGCUGAAAUUUUAGAAUUAGCAGGAAAAGUUGACGAGUCAAUUGUGUAGUUUUUCAUGAAACACAAUAAUUUUAUAUAUUCAUUUUUCAUGGAACUUUUCAUUAAAAUUACGGAGUAUUAUGUGUGAAGUCAGCCGGUCUUAUAUUUUGAGCCCAUCAAUUACUAUUUAGUCUGACGAGGCGCGUGAUUCUCCUUACGCCUGUUAAUAAAUUGAAUGAGGACUGGUUGAGUGACAUAUCUUUGUAUAAAUUGAUUGUAUUGGAGAAUCGACUGAUGUGAUGGGUCCGCGCAAGUGCCAUAGUGUGUAGACGAGAAAAAAUUGAUUGAAUCAUAAAAUCUUCACCCCGAAAAAUGAUUGAUUUCAAUCAAAUAAAAAUUUAUUUAAAUAGUACCAAAUAAAGUUUUUUUUAGAAUUUCAUCAAAAUUUUUAUUCGAAGUUUUCUUUAUAUAAAAUACAGGUUUUUUUACUAUUAAGAAAUUUUUUUUAUUUGAUACUAAUAAUUUAUUAUCGCUUUGACGUGGUAAUAAACUCGAAAAAUAUGAACGUGUAAUAAUUAUUAGGGACUGUACAUAUAUCACGUAAGACAUUUAGGGGGGGAGGGGAAGAAAUUUCUGUUCUAUGAUUUCACUAUCGGAGGGAUGAUGGUAAAAGGUCGUAUAUACUGGAGUGAAAAGUGUAAUCAAAAAUUGGAUCAGAAUGAUUCUAGAGAGCUCAAAUCGUCCAGAUUUCGUGUUUCCUGCAUUAAGUUUAUGUGACCUUUUUCCACAUAGCCCACGAAUAUUGUUGAAACAUACUUUCUAAUAAAUUCGUUCACAAAAGACAGGAAAAUGUGA